CCGCCCCUACAGAAGAGCCCCCUCUUUUGAAUGGGCACGGGGUAACCUGGAAACUACAGCUCCUCGGGAGGAGUGGGAAGCCGGCCCUGCCCCUGGAACCCCCGGAGCCCCCGGAGGAGAUGCUCAUGGCUGAGGUGGACGGAGCAGCCCGGCGCCCAGGGACAGCGGCUUAGGCAUCCCGCUCCGGCCACCCCCAAUUCCACUCCAGGGCCGCCAUGCACCAGGCCUGCGCUGUCGGCUUGGUGUUCGCCGGCUGUUGCAGUAACGUGAUCUUCCUGGAGCUCCUGGCCAGGAGGCAUCCAGGAUGUGGGAACAUCGUGACAUUUGCACAGUUUUUAUUUAUAGCCGUAGAAGGCUUUAUCUUUGAAGCUAACUUGGGAAGGAAGAGGCCUGCUAUUCCAAUAAGGUAUUACGUCAUCAUGGUGACCAUGUUCUUCACUGUCAGUGUGGUGAAUAAUUAUGCUCUAAAUCUCAACAUUGCCAUGCCCCUGCAUAUGAUAUUUAGAUCAGGUUCUUUAAUUGCCAAUAUGAUUCUAGGCAUUAUCAUUUUAAAGAAAAGAUACAGUGUAUCGAAAUAUACCUCCAUUGCUCUGGUGUCUAUGGGGAUUUUUAUCUGCACUUUUAUGUCUGCAAAACAAGUGGCAUCCCAGUCCAGCUUGAGUGAGAAUGAAGGAUUCCAGGCAUUUGCAUGGUGGUUACUAGGGAUCGCUGCCCUGACCUUUGCCCUUCUGAUGUCAGCAAGGAUGGGCAUCUUCCAAGAGACACUCUAUAAGCAAUUUGGGAAACAUUCCAAGGAGGCUUUGUUUUAUAAUCAUGCCCUACCACUCCCUGGUUUCAUCUUCCUGGCUUCUGAUAUCUAUGAUCAUGUACUUCUUUUUAAUAAAUCUGAACUGUAUCAGGUUCCGGUUGUCGGGGUGACAAUGCCCGUCAUGUGGUUCUACCUCCUCAUGAACAUCUUCACUCAGUAUGCCUGCAUCCGGGGUGUGUUCAUUCUCACCACAGAGUGCACCUCCCUCACUGUCACACUGGUUGUGACCCUGCGCAAAUUCGUCAGCCUCAUCUUCUCCAUCCUCUACUUCCAGAACCCUUUCACCCUAUGGCAUUGGUUGGGCACCAUGUUUGUCUUUGUUGGGACCUUGAUGUACACUGAGGUAUGGAACAGCCUGGGGGUGUCCAGGAGUCAGCCCCAGAAAGAGGACAAGAAGGACUGAAGUUCGUCUGGGAUAGACUCUCCUGGACUUGGGAGGGUGGUGAUGUGAUUGGGAGAGUCUGGCUGCCAUCCCACUUUCUUUAAAGCUUCCAUCCCCCAGCGUAGAUCCAAACACCUAGCAGGGAAUCCUCCUCGAGAGGGCACUGUUAGUAUCCCUGAUGUCUCUGCUGACUGAUAUUUGCAGCUGCUGGAUGAAGCAUCCCUCCCCCAACUCAGAAGUAGAAAAGGCGUAGUUCUGAUCUCUUGAGCAGAGUACCCAUUUGUAUUUUUAUUAAAGUGUUCAAGAUAUGUAUUUAUUAAAGUCCAAGGAUGUGAAGGACCUGAUUUUAUACCAGUGGUCUCAGGCAGGAUUACCCCUUUCAUAGCAGCCAGCAGUCCUGGUCCCACUCUGUCACCAGCAACAGCGAACCGCUCAGACCCACCUGACAUACUCAUGGAAACAGUCAAGUGGUUAAUUAACUGAGAUGAUAGUGACACGUGGCUGGGAGCCUCAGGGAAACCGGAGCAGGUCAGAUGGCAGCGCCUCUUCUUUUCCACUAAUAGUUUCACUUGUUCUUACCGUCUCAUCCAUCCAUCCAGAUGUAAAAUGAUGGUGACAUGUUCACUGAAUAUCCUAUUUGCAGCAACCCUGAAACAAUCCAGUUAUAAGCACAGUUGUAUUAGGUCCACUAUUAGCCUUUGUGCAAGGGUCCUGUACUGAUUCAGUUUGGUAAAGGUAAGGUCCCUUAUGUGAAGGCUGAGGUGGCAUCUUCAGGACAACAGUUAACAAGCUUGCUUCGUGCUGGCUGGCCCUGAUCAGAACCUACAAGAUGAAGUCAAUCCCUUGGGACCAGGACAUUUGUAUUCAAUGUGUUUUAGAGAGGUAGAUCAGUAAGGCAUCAGAAGGCCUUUUGACCAGGGAGUGUCAACUCUGCUCAGGAACUUUGGUGAAGUACAUGAAAACCAAAGUCCAUCAGGCCACCUGUUAGAUUUUAACUUUAUUAAAGUUAUAUCAGGUCAAAUCAUGAUUGUAUUAAAACCAAAAUCUUAUCCCAGAGUAUAAUUUGAACGGGGCAAAUACUAUUCUGUUUGUUUUUAUGGUGUAUCUAUAUCUCUUUUCUCUUGUUAGAUAAUUAAAAAUAGUAUUUGCCUCUAUUUUGAUCAUUUCAUAAAUUGAGUUUCUUUCUGAAAAUCAA